GAUACUGCGCUAGUCUCGUGGCAGGCUGUUUGUGAUGUGGUUGGUUGGUUGCCGUGCUUUCAGAAAUGUUUCGUUUGACACGUCGCUGAUUUGUGUUCGUACGGAAAUAGCCGCCGACAAUAACAACAACAAUUACCAGACGAUACUACAUUGUAAACACUUGUGAGGCCUAGUCAAGAAACGACAAUGGCGAACAGCAUCGAGCAACCGUGUUACACCCUGAUUGCAGCAUCAGAAUCAGAGCUUUACAAUGAAAUGACAUUGAAAAUGGACUUAGAAAAAGGGGAUGUGAAAGUUAAAAUUGAGGCCUUGAAGAGGGUAAUCAAGGUGAUUCUGGCUGGCGAAAGAAUACCUGGAGUAUUGAUGACGAUUAUUCGCUUUGUUCUUCCACACCAAGACCACAUGGUGAAGAAAUUGUUGCUUGUCUUUUGGGAAAUUGUCCCCAAAACAACACCUGAUGGAAAACUACUCCAUGAGAUGAUUCUUGUGUGUGAUGCUUACCGUAAGGAUCUUCAACAUCCAAACGAAUUUGUGCGGGGAUCAACCCUGCGAUUCCUUUGCAAACUGAAAGAGCCUGAACUUUUGGAACCUAUAAUGCCAGCAAUUAGAGCUUGUUUAGAGCACAGACACUCUUAUGUUAGACGGAAUGCUGUUCUUGCCAUCUUCACCAUUUUCAAGAAUUUUGAGUUCCUCAUCCCUGAUGCACCAGAACUUGUUGCAAACUUCCUUGACAUUGAACAGGACAUGUCAUGCAAGAGGAAUGCAUUCCUUAUGUUGCUGCAUGCAGACCAAGAUCGUGCUCUUUCUUAUCUUGCCUCAUGUCUUGAUCAAGUGUCAUCAUUUGGAGAUAUCUUACAGUUGGUCAUCGUUGAACUUAUUUACAAGGUGUGCCAUGCCAAUCCUUCUGAGAGGUCUCGUUUCAUUCGCUGUAUCUACAACCUCCUGAACUCCACAAGUGCCGCUGUACGUUAUGAAGCUGCGGGAACUCUUGUUACCUUGUCUAGUGCUCCAACUGCCAUCAAGGCUGCUGCAUCAUGUUACAUUGAUCUCAUUAUCAAAGAGAGCGACAACAAUGUAAAGUUGAUAGUGCUGGACCGACUGAUUGCAUUAAAGGAGCACCCCACACAUGAAAGAGUUUUACAAGACCUGGUGAUGGAUAUUCUUCGAGUCCUUGCAAGUCCAGAUAUUGAAGUUAGACGAAAGACUCUAUCCCUAGCUUUGGAACUGGUGUCUUCACGCAACAUUGAAGAAAUGAUUUUGGUUCUUAAGAAAGAAGUCUCCAAGACUCAUAGUUUAGUUGAGCAUGAAGACACUGGCAAAUACAGGCAGCUGCUUGUACGCACUUUACAUUCGUGUUGCAUCAAGUUCCCUGAUGUUGCUGCAACUGUCAUCCCAGUUCUUCUUGAGUUCUUAUCUGACACCAAUGAACUGGCAGCCUCUGAUGUUUUGGUGUUUGUCCGAGAGGCAAUUCAAAAGUUUGAUCAUCUCAGGCCACUUAUUAUUGAGCGGCUUCUUGAUGCAUUUUCAAGCAUCAAGUCAGUAAAAGUUCAUCGUGCUGCCCUGUGGAUCCUUGGAGAAUAUGCAGUUUCAGCUGAUGACAUUCAAACUGUCAUGUCACAAGUCAGACAGACUCUUGGAGAGCUGCCACUUGUUGAAGAUGAACUCAAGAGAGCGUCCGGUGAGAAAACUGAUGAUGAUGUUAACACAGGUAGUGUGGCCACUGUUCAGAAGUUAGUGACCUCAGAUGGAACAUAUGCCACUCAAUCAGCCUUCAGCGCAUCUGUAAAUAUGAAAAAAACUGAGGCCCGGCCGCCAUUGCGUCAGUAUUUAAUGGAUGGUGAUUUCUUCAUGGGAGCUGCUUUGGGUACAACACUUGCAAAAUUAGCACUGCGGUAUCUCACCCUUGUGUCUGACCCAGUUAGACAGAAUCGUUUCUGUGCUGAAGCCAUGUUGAUUAUUACGUCUGUCCUGCACUUAGGCAAAUCAGGCCUUCCAACCAAACCAAUUACGAAUGAUGAUGCUGAUCGCCUCUUUUUAUGCCUCCAUGUCUUAUCAGACCGUUCUCCUGAGAUAAUUACUAUUUUCAAUCAGCAUUGCCGGAAUGCAUUGUCCAUCAUGCUUUCAGCCAAGGCAGAAGAGGAAGCCUCUAUUAUCAAGGCAAAGGAAAAGCCAGGGAAUGCAGUGCAGGCUGAUGAUCCUAUUAGCUUCCUUCAACUGUCCUCCCAGCGUGGUGACCAAGCUACGGAAAAUGUCUUUGAACUGAGUUUGAGCCAGGCUUUGGCAGGAUCUAGAAGAGAUGGAAACAGCAAGGAAAUGGGAAUGAGCGGUGCCACAAAACUCAACAAGGUUACCCAGCUCACAGGAUUUUCAGACCCAGUUUAUGCUGAAGCCUAUGUUCAUGUCAACCAAUAUGAUAUAGUCCUGGAUGUCCUUAUCGUGAAUCAAACUGGCUCGACUUUGCAAAAUUGUACUUUGGAACUUGCUACUCUGGGUGAUCUUAAGUUGGUUGACAGACCGCAACCUGUUGUUCUGGCACCCAAAGACUUCUGCAAUAUAAAGGCCAAUGUUAAGGUUGCAUCAACUGAAAAUGGCAUCAUCUUUGGAAACAGCGACUGUGCGCGUUGCUGGACCAAUUGCUGUUCACUCCUGGACUGGAGGCGAUGGACGUGGCCGGCAACCCGUACGACGGCGUGAACGUGCCGCUGCCGGCGCCUCCCCUCCUGACGAAAGGCAGUGCCUCCAUGUCCAUGUCCAUGCCGGCGUCGCUUCGUCGGGUGCGAUUCGAUUACUACAACAGCAUCCUGGACUAACACCUGCACCUCAUCCUGCAGUG